AUGACCACAAAUAUUGAGUGUCGAGAUUAUCAUAAUUAUGCUAAUAAUACAUGCGUUUUUAUGCGUACAACGCCUGACUGUAAAUUAGAUGAAGGCUUUAUAAAUUAUCUUACAUUUGUAUUUUGCACGAUUGGCGACAAAUUACUCGCUCUUGGACUGACAUUAUUAGCUGGCUGGUUAUUAGUUCUAUUUAUUGGGCUUGGUGUAACUGCUGAUGCUUAUUUUUGUCCUGCCCUUCGUGUGAUCGCUCGAGUUCUUAAAUUAUCAGAAAACAUAGCGGGUGUAACUUUUCUAGCAUUUGGUAAUGGCGCACCAGAUAUAUUUUCUGCGAUAGCUGCUGUUGGUAGUGCGAAAGGUGGCGAUGUCGGUUUAGCAUUUGGUGCUCUUUUUGGUGCUGGUGUAUUUGUAACCACGGUUGUUGCUGGUACAAUAGGACUUGUGACACCAUUUACUUCUAUUCAGCGACCAUUGCUGCGUGAUAUAAUUUUUUUCAUUGUUGCUGCGUUUGGAGCUUAUGUUGCAAUGUAUGAUGGAAAAAUUUAUUUAGUAGAGAGUUUGGGUUUUAUUAUUAUGUAUAUUGUUUAUUUGAUUGUCUUAAUCGGUGGAUAUUUUGUUAAUCGACGAAUAAAAGAUCGUCGAGCUUUAUUACAAGCUGUACAAACAGAAGCAGCAGCUAGAUCAUAUGGAUCUGUACAAACCACUGGCGAAACUACUGUGGUUGCUGAUGAAGCCAGUAGAAUUAUACCGGAUGAUAGUGAAUCACAACCAGAUGUUACAUUUGCCCUAGCAUUACGCCAUGCUUUCUUGCCACGUACUGACACACCUUGGGUAGAGAGAAAUUUAAUAAAUAAAAUAUUUUCAAUAAUUAGAAUGCCAGUUCUAUUAAUUCUCCAUUUCACGGUUCCGUUGGUUGAUUAUGAUGUACAAGAACAUAAUUGGAAUAAACUUUUAAAUUCAUUUCAUUUACUCUCGGGACCAUUAGCUGUAGCUAUAUUGACAAAAGUGGGUUUUAUGAAAAUUGCAAAUGUUUUUCCUGUUUGGGCCGCCGUUGCUAUUGUUGGAACGAUACUUUGUUUCGCAUCUUUAAUAUUAACUGAAUAUCAUACAAAGCCACGAUAUCAUUCAGGUUUCGCCUUUCUUGGUUUUGCCGUAUCUGUCGUAUGGAUUUAUUGUAUUGCAAAUGAAAUUGUAAAUUUAUUAUCAACGUUUGGUAUUGUAUUUGGUAUCAGUAAUACAAUUCUUGGUUUAACAUUUCUUGCAUGGGGAAACAGUUUAAGCGAUUACGUUUCCAAUGUUGUUUCUGCUCGGCAAGGCUAUCCGAAUAUGGGCAUAUCAGCUUGUUAUGGUGGCCCACUUUUAAAUUUUCUUAUGGGCCUUGGAAUUCCAUUCACAUUUGCGACAAUCAAAAAUGGUGCACCAUUUUCUAUUGAUGUAUCUCUAUUACAAAAUGUCAUUGCAUAUUUUCUUUUCGGAAGUUUAGCUGGAACCCUUGUAUUUAUUCCAUUGAAUAAAUUUUACUAUGGUCGUCGAUUUGGUUCACUAUUGAUUCUAUACUAUGUUGCAUUUUUGGUUAUCGCUAUUCUAAUUGAAACAAAUGUAAUCGGUGGGAAAUAA